AUGACAGGCUCAACACUAGAGGCAGGAUCUCAUAUCCUUGUGGUGGGCGGUGGGACAUGGGGACUCUCUACAGCGUGGCAUCUUGCCCGGAGGGGGUACACGAAUAUUACAUGCAUCGAUAAAUUCCCAUAUCCCUCUCCCGACUCCGCCGGAUAUGAUCUCAACAAAAUGGCCAGAACUGAAUAUGCCGGCGAGAAAUUCAUGCAGACCGUCUCCCGAGAAGCAUUAAACGAAUGGCGCUCCAAUCCGCUAUUCCGUACCGUCUUCCACGAGACAGGCCGAAUAUCCGUCGCCUCGUCUCCAUCAGACUACGAAGGGCUCCGGGAGUACUACCACGAACUCCUCCAAUCGCCCCGCGCUCGCGACGUCCGCUGGCUUGACUCCCCAGAAGAGAUCCACGCCUUUGCGCCGUACCUCACGGGCCCACUCGCCCAGGCCAAGGCCGUCUUCAACCCCGAGGGCGGCUGGGUGCACGCACGCAAGUCGAUGGAGCUCGUCGGGGGCGAGUGCGUACACCUCGGCGUGCGGUUCAUCACCGGCCCAUCAGGAACAGCGAAGGAGCUCAUUUUUAAUGGUGCUCGGACGGCUGUUCUGGGUGUGCGCUGCGAAGACGGGUCGACAUACCUCGCCGACCGGACGGUCCUCGCCGCGGGCGCUUGGUCGGACCUCCUCCUUGACAUGGAGAACCAGCUCAUCGCCAAGUGCUGGACCCUCGCGCACAUCAAGCUCUCAGAGCCCGAGCGGCAGGCGCUCAAGGGCAUCCCGGUGAUCCUGGAUGAAGAAAAGGGAUUCUUCUUCGAGCCGGACGAAGAAGGCUUUGUGAAGAUCUGCAACGAAUUCCCCGGGUUCACCAACUAUCAAAGGGUCAUCCUCGACGGCAAAGAGAAGAAACUCUCCGUUCCGCGAGGACAUGGCUCGCACCCGACCGAUAGCAUGCCCAGCCGCUCCUUCCAGGAAGUCCGCGAGCUACUCGACGUCCUCAAGCCAGAGUGGCGUGACCGUGAUCUGCUCAACGCGAAGAUAUGCUGGUGCACCGACACGCCCGACCGCAACUUCCUGAUCAGCCUCCACCCGCGCUACGGCAGGUCCCUCGUGCUCGCCACGGGCGACAGCGGCCACGGCUUCAAGAUGCUGCCGACGGUCGGGCGGUACGUCGCGGACUUGGUGGAGGGCAAGGAAGGGAGCUGGAAUGCGCUCGAGGACGGCACGGAGAUGAGGGCCAAGUGGCGGUGGAGGCCGGACACCGCGGACAAAAGACCUGGGGACGAUUCCAGACCGGGACGCGGGGGAGAUCUUAGCGAGGAGGAAGGUUGGAAGGGGAAUUUUAAAGGUACGGCACAAAGUCAAGACGAUUCAGACAUGUUAGUCUACUCAUACAUACCAAGUACAAGGGCCGGCCCGGUGAUCUCGUCACUGGCGCUGGCUGUUAUCCUGACUUCGCUAGUGUAUUUCAGACCCUUGUGA